AUGGAAAGCCAGAGAAACUUCUCAGAGUUCAUUCUUCUAGGACUUUCUCACGACCAGAAUCUACAAAUAUUUUGCUUUGUGCUCUUCUUAUUCUGUUAUGUUGCCCUGUUGGUAGGAAACCUUCUGAUCCUUAUCUCCAUUCGAUGCAGUCCUCUUUAUAACCAACCAAUGUAUUAUUUCCUCAUCCACUUAUCCUUGAUAGACAUCUGCUAUACCUCUACUGUUACACCCAAAUUAAUUGCUGACCUGCUAGUGGAAAGAAAAACCAUUUCCUAUGGUAAUUGCAUGUUACAGGUCUUUAGCAUGCACUUCUUUGGAAGUACUGAGAUCUUCAUUCUUACUGCCAUGGCUUUUGAUCGCUAUGUUGCCAUCUGCAAACCUCUCCACUACAUGAUUAUCAUGAACAGGACAAGAUGCAAUUUCUUAGUCUUGGCUGCUUGGGUUGGUGGGGCUGUUCACUCCUUUCAUCUAUUUUCUACGGCAAUCAGUUUGCCCUUCUGUGUUCCUAACAAAAUUGAUCACUAUUUUUGUGAUAUUUUUCCUUUGCUAAAAGUUGCCUGUACUGAUACCUACGUCACUGGUGUCAUCAUGAUAGUCUUUUCAGGUAUGGUCGCCUUGGUUACCUUUGUUGUCUUAUUUGUUUCUUAUGGCAUAAUAUUAUUCACAUUAAGAAAUCACUCAACUGAGGGAAGACGCAAAGCCCUCUCUACCUGCUGGUCUCAUAUCUCUGUGGUUGUCUUAUUUUUUGGGCCUGUAGUCUUUAUCUACCUUAGACCUCCCACCACUUUCCCUGAGGAUAAAGUAUUUUCACUACUUUACACCAUCAUUGCUCCUAUGUUCAAUCCCUUAAUCUAUACGCUGAGAAAUACAGAGAUGAAACAUGUCAUGAGAAAAGUUUGGUGUCAAACAUUAUUUUCAAAGGAAGCACACGAUUAA